UAUCGACAUAUGUCAUAUACUACAAUAAUAAACAAAAAUCAUAACUACGUUAAAAUUUUGAGAUGCUAGAAACUGUUUUUUAUGUUGAAAGUAUUGAUGAAAAUAGUAACAGUUUUUCUGUUUUCGUGGUAAUUUUAUAUAUAACAAUUCUAUACGUUUUGGUGGUGACAUUUUAUGCAUUAUCAAAUUUUAAUGAUAUAUCUCUAAACCUGUUCUAAGGAAAAUAUGUUCAAUUUUGUGAAGCCUACUGAAUUCUGUGCCAUACACAGUGAAAAAGUCUGCAUUUUUCCUAAACAACUUACUGAAAAAUUGAGAACACAGGACUUUUUAGUACUGGACUAUUUAUAUAGAAAUUUCGACAGACAGUUCAAGGGUGCAAUUUUAAAUGAAGAAGACGGAUUCAAUAUGCAACUUCAAGUUUCUGCAUUCCUGAAUGGCAUGUUCAAACAAGCAAAGGAAAAAUUCCUGGUACUUUUGUUGUGCCCAGAUGACCUUAUUUUGAACUGGCAUUAUCACUUAUCUCUAGAUGCUGGUCUCCAAGUUCAUAUUGUGUCGCCUAAAA